CCUCCCACCGCACGCAACGCAGCCUCGACCUCGACCUCGCCGUCGCCAUGGUGAGCAAGCAGACCCGCCGCCUCCUCGUCCUUGCCGCCGUCGCCGUAUGCCUCCACCUCCCCGCCGCCUCUGUCGCCACCGACGUCGAUUACUGCAGUAAAAAGGAGUACCCGGUGAAGGUGAGCGGGGUGCAGAUCGUGCCCGAUCCGGUCGAGCCCGGCAAGCCCGCCACUUUCAAGAUCUCCGCUUCUACUGAUAAAACCAUCGAGAAGGGGAAGCUGGUGAUCGACGUCAAGUACUUCUUCUUCUACGUGCACUCGGAGACGCGCGAAAUCUGCGGAGAGAUCUCCUGUCCGGCGACCGGCGACUUCGUGCUGUCCCACGAGCAGACGUUGCCAGGGUUCACUCCACCGGGGUCGUACACGAUCUACAUGAAGAUGGUCGGGGACGACGACGAGGAGCUCAGCUGCAUCUCGUUCGGCUUCAGCAUUGGGUUCGUCGCCUCCAGCUGAAACCCGCCUGAGCUGCGCGCCAGAAGUCGCCCAACAUGGAUGUAAUUAUGUAAACCAAUGCAUUACGGAGACGCUCAGAUUUCUUCAACCUAGAGCACAGAUAUUUGUCGACUCUG